AGCUGUUUGGUAAAAGGAAACUGACGAACCCUACCGCUCUUGAAUGAAGAGCACUUCAAUUUGAAGUCGCAUAAGUUUAGUUUGGAAUAGCAGUCGUAGAAUGAGUAAUGUCUCCAGUACAGCUUGGCAGAGAGACAACGCUGCAAUAGUUAUCCAGUGCUUAUUAUACUCAGCUGUUUUGGUUUUUGGAAUAAUCCUGAAUGGCGCCAUCAUCUGGCUGGUUCACCGCAAACGGCAGUUGCAAAACGUUACUAAUAUGUGGGUCGUUUCUCUAUGCACAAGUCACGUGCUCACAUGCGUCGCAUCUGUUCCGUUUACCCUAGCAUCCACAGUCUCAGAAGACUGGGUGCUAGGCUCCGUAUUCUGUCAAAUUUAUGGAUUCUAUUCUGCCGUCUUUCAAACUGUCUCCCUGCUCUCUGUUGCUGGAAUUGCGUUGGAUCGCUACCACGUUGUCAGUUCCCCUUUCAGUAAACGGAUCAAAAAAAACAAAGUUCGGAUCCUAAUUUUCUUCUCGUGGUGGUGCGCCGUUAUAGCGUGUGCACCUCCGCUUACAGGAAUUGGAUUAUACAGAUAUUCCCCAUCGCUAAGAAAAUGCGCCAUCAGCUGGUCGAUUGGCGGAUCUGCUCUAAUAUUCACUGUUUUCUACACAUCGUUAUUGUACCUCGUGCCCUGCGCUGCUACUAUAUGUUCUUACAGGUUAAUUUACAAAGUUACAAGGUUGCAGGCAGCAAAGCACAAUCGAACAAUGUUGACGCGUAACAACAGUAGAUCAAUUAUGGCGACCCGGGGGAUAAAAAGGGAAAGUACCAACACUCUUAACCCACCCCGUCGGACGCUGACGUCACUAUUUACGUCACGACCCACGUUGAGUCUAACGUCACCAAUUAAGCCAACGUCUGACGGAAAAUCAACGUGGAUUAUUACAGCAGCGUUGCUGGUCCUUUGCUGCUCAUGGGCGCCUUAUUUCGUACAUGCGCUUUAUCUAGCUGCGACUGGCCAAGGGACUUCUCAUUGGCUCGAUUUUAUGGUUACGUGGUUAUCCACGACGACGUGUGUGUCAGAUCCACUGGUAUACGGCGUUCUUACACAGAACUUUAGAAACCACUUCAGAAAACUGUUUGGUCGUUUAAAAUUACCAAAGAGGCCCACGAGUAAUCAUUCCAUCGCCCCUAAGAAAAAAGUUUUGUCAGUUGAUACUGUAUAUCGAGAUGAUGAUUCGGCAGUUUUAUUUUCAUGCAGAGGUGCAACAUUCCGGUUACAAAGACUCAUUUGAAACCGUGUCCACUGGCAGCGACGACAACACAGAACACGUUUAUUCCGUUUCGAAGCGAAACUCUCACGUCAAUACAAUCACAAAAGCAUCGGAUUCAAGUUUUACAAAAGACCUGCACUUUCGGGGCUACGAACUUCGUAUAAAAAACGAAACGAACUGCCAUGUUAUCCAAAAGUCAAUUACGCAACUGUGACGCUGUAUCUUUACUGUUUAUCGAAAA